UUGGUGAUUCAUUUAUUAAAAAAAAGCAUUUCACGCUUAUUAACAGUGCGGUCGGCUUGCCCACAAGUUGCACAAUAGCCAAUUUUUUUCAUUAACAGCGUCUUUGUCACCUAUAACCUCGUCUGAUAAGCAAUUUGUUACAUGGCUACAAGAAAGGUAGCAAACACACUCACGGACCUUUGUCUCUUGCCUAGAUAUAAAUAUUGAGCAACGGGCUAAUGAAAUUAUAACAGAUCGAGUUGUAGAACGAUACACAUCUCAACAUGGCUAACACAGCUUUGUACAUUCUACUGGCUGCGACCGCAGUGGCGGCGGUGCAGGUCAACUUCGUGCCCCCGGCGGCCACCAGCUACAUCUACAGGAGCGACAACAACGGCCCUGCGAGCUACAUACACCUGGGAGCUCCCGCGCCUGUCCACUCCUACGCGCCACAGCUGCCCAUCAUUGAACCUAAAUUCGGAGCUCUUGAGGCUAUCGAUCUCGCCCCCGUUCCUCUACCGUAUGUGGCUGCUAAACCCAUCGUUGUAGAAGAUGCUGAAGAGGACGACGAAGAAGGUGAUGACGAUGACGACGACAGCGAAAGUUCCGAAGACCACGACGGACAUGAUCAUGGACAACAUGGACUGCUCUUCACUAAGGCUGGUGGCAGCAACUUCGGGGAAAAGCAUCACUCAGCGCAUGGAGAAAAGGGAAGCAAGGGCUACCACACUGAGGAUCAUCAUGCUAAGGGAGAAGCUGGAGACUAUGGCAAGAAACAUGAUGAAGGUUACUACAAGGAAGCUGAAGGUGGUGAAAAGGGACAUCAUGACGUUGCCGCAGCCCAUGGUAAGCAUUACGCAGGUGGUAAAUUCUACAAGGGUGGAGACCACGGACACAAGAAGCACUUCAGCAAAGGAGAAGACAUCACUGGAUACCACAAGGUGUUCCACAAGGACGAGUUCAAGAAGGACCAUGACUUCUACGACGUUGCUGACAAGAGUGGACACUUCAACAAGCACGGACAUGAGAGUGCGCACCAUGGAUCCGAGGAAGGUGGACACAAGAAGGGAGGUCACCACGACUCAGCGUCCAACAAGGGAGGAUUUGGAAAAUCUGGCUUCCACGCUAAAGGUCACAUUGAUGAUGCUGAUGCAGGUCAUUCUGCUGAGGAAGGUCAUGAGAGCCACUACAACAAUGAAGCUGACUACGGCAAGAAGGGCGGCAGUAGCCAUGGCCAGGAAUACGCUUUCGCUAGUGAUGAUGACGAAGACGGUGACGAUGAUGGCCAUUACGAUGACAAGGAAUAAGUUCUGUGCUACCAUAGGGUUGUUGUAAAUAUCUAAUUUAUGUUGAUAAUUUAAUUUUCGCAAUAAUUUUGUUAUGUUUGAUACACUCGAUGAUGAUGCUGUAAAUAUUUUUUUAAUGCAAGCGAACGAAUAAAUGCCAUUAAAAU